UGACAAAACGCCUUUAGCUUCCUCAAUGGAAUCAAGAAACAUGGUUAUUGUAGUCCCAUUAAGCAUGUUGAUGCUGUUGCUAGGCUUGUCGAGUUCAGACUUGGCCCAGGACAGAGCAGAGUGUGCGGAUCAACUGGUGGGUCUUGCCACGUGCCUUCCUUAUGUUGGUGGCGAAGCAAGAGCUCCGACACUAGAGUGUUGCUCCGGGCUGAAACAGGUCCUCCAAAAGAGCUUGAAAUGCCUUUGCAUUCUUGUCAGGGACAGGAAUGAUCCCAGUCUUGGGCUCAAGAUCAAUACCACCCUUGCGCUCAGCCUUCCCACCUCUUGCCAUUCACCUGUCAACAUUUCUCAGUGCAUUGAUCUUCUGCACCUUGCUCCGAACUCUACAGACGCUGAGGUGUUUGACAGAUUUGAGAAAAGCCUUGAGAAGAGAAACAGCACGAAACUCCCCGAUGCUGAGGGGAAUUCAACUGACAGUACCGCAGGAUCAAGUGGUCAAAUAAAGAGCAAUCGCAGUGAGAGGUCAAGAAAACCAUGGUUGGCCACCCCAACCAUUGUUUCCGUAGCUCUGCUUCAGAUCUUCACUGGAGUUCAUUUUCACUUCAUGUCCAUGUAAAAGAGUUAGUGGCUUGAUAUGAUUUGGCAUACCGCAGUGAUGCAGGCCUAUCGAACUUGCACUCUUUCUGAUGUAUCUCCUUAGUAAAUGUCCAAUCCAGAGUCCUCCAGUGACCGGCUAAGCUUCAAGCUCCGACCUAAGAUGUAGUAAGGUACAAUAUGAUUGUACUGAUGGACAAGACGAAGUCAAUGGCUUAUAGUUGAUUGUGUUGGCUCUCAUUUUACAACUA